AUGGGGGCUUUUACUCGUCCAGCUAAGAUCCGCCUCAGUUGUCGGGCCUCAAUUCGUGUAACGUUUUGCAGUAAGGAUGCCUACCAGCUUCGGCAAUUUGCUCGCCAGGAACAACGUCUAAAGGCACCCCUGUCGAUCCAGAGAACUCGGAAGCGGCAGAACACGGGCACGGGCGUUGGGCCGAAGCGAAAACGUCACUGCUUGAGCUUGAACCAACAGCGAUUUGAUAGUGAUAAUGAAGAUCGUGUGCCGGGACCAGUGUCCAAGUCUGGGUGUGCAAACUGGCAGGAUCCAAGCUCUUCGUCACAGUCCAGCGUAUCGCCAGACUUUGCUCAGCAACCUGGACACCCCAAGUCAGACAAUGCCACUUCUAGUGGCACUUACACAGGGGGCGUGUAUCCUGGUGGGAGUGCCGGUGUUGUCAACGCUCAGGGCUUGGGGAGCCCUCCUCAGGAUCUUUCAUCACCUGAACAUGCUCUCUCCAUCUUAUCUGGACAGGCAAAUCCACGCCAUGGAAGUCAUGGUACCCCUCUGCGUGCGACAAUCUCAUCCGGACACGGAUUAAGCCCCGAGAGUUCAGCUUCAGACUCCGAUUGCAGCUCUGGUCCCAGCUCUAGCGAGUCCUCGGGUCCUGCUUCUGGACAACCUUCGAGUCAGACAAUCCGGAGCCAGCCCCCACCAGAAGUAUCUCUUCUAGCCAAAGGUACUUGUUCUGAUACUUCUUCAAAUGAACAAGCUUCUCGUUCAGUCAAUGUCAUCCAGUCAAUCUCUCCACCUGGCGACGAUGCGGGUCACUUAGACUUCCCCUUGAAGAGGGGUGCGGAAGAUGUACCUGGCCCUUUACUCUCUCCGAAGACUCCGAAUACGCUGGGAGACUCCCCGAGUCAAGAUGUCCAAGCUCAAGUUGACUUCGGUCGAAACUCUGACGAUGACGACGACUCGGAUCACUCAGACACCCUUGACCAGUUAGAGAGCGAUUUCAAUGAUUUGCUGUCUCUCGACCCUGGAAGGCCCAUCAAUGGUUCACUCUCAAGAGACGAUGCCAUUGCCAGCAGACUUCAAGAUGAGGAUUCUGAUCUUGAAGUCUGGGAGGUUGCCGAAGAUGUCCCUGCACCGGAUACCGGCCAUGAUAACGUUAGCCGCCCAGGAACCCCCCCGACUGGCAUUCGACGCGCCCUCGCUACUGCACACUCCCCAGAACCCAAGCAUCACUUUGAAACAAGCGAUGGGGACGAUACUGCAAGUGUCGAUGGCACAUGUAGCAGUUUCAGUGGGAGCAGUGGAGUCAAUAAUCGUGAACUGAUUGUUCAGCCAGAAGAUCGAGAAGAAGGUAACGAAGAGUCCGAUGUAGAAAAUGAUCUUUUUGGGGAAUUAGACGAAAUUGUAACUGAUCAUUCGGACUCGGACUCCUUCGAGACACGUGCCGGUCCCUCGGCCGUAUCCAGUUGGGAGCGUCGCAUUCAGUCCUCUUCAGACAACGAUGAUUCAGGUGAAGGGGUCAGUCCCCAGAACGAGUCAUCCGAGGAUGACGAGGUGUCGGAAGAAGAGAUUGGAUAUAUCUCGGACGCUCGCGACACUAAUGUUGAAAUCGAAGACGAAACAUGGUCGGCCACUUUGAAAACUCCAUCAUCUUCAACAAACAGCAUCGUUUUCCCAAGCCAAACAACUGGCUCCGGGAAAGCUCCCCUCACACCCGAGGAACUUGAGGUUGUACGGACUACACGAGAGAUCGGCGCUUGUGUUCGUUGCCGGUUCCAAAAAAUCAAAUGCGUUAUAGACGAGCAGAACCCAGAAGGACAAUGCAAAACAUGCAUGAACGUCUCCAAGACGUCGCCAAAGAUAAUCCAUCGCGUUCCAUGCUUGCGACUCCGAAUUGCCGACGUCGUUCUCUAUCGAACCGGCGGACUCAAACUCACGAAACGAUGGACAGGCAUCGAAAUGCGAGAUAUUGGGGAUCGACUCGAUAAGGUUUCUGUCACGAUUGAAGUCUCACAGAAUCUUUGUAGUAAACCUCUUCGAAUGAAGGUUGUGCGAUUUAGACCCAUUGAAGGGGACGUGACUGCCCGAUAUUGGACUGAUGGCCUUCUUGGGAAGGAGACCUUCAAGAAGAAGGAACUGGCCAACUACUGCCUGGAAAAUAUCUACGACACGGCCGAAAUCGUGCGACAAUACACCAUCGACAAUGCUCUUCCAGCCUUUUAUCACACUGUCCAAGAGGAGAGUGAAUCAGAAGCUGGUGAAGCCUCCAUCGUCAGGACGUACCUCACGGCCAUGGCUCGGUACUUGGACCUUCACAAUGAAUACAAAUCCACCGGAAGUCUCUCGAAGGACGAUGAGAAAGAGCUUGAGAUAUUCGGCAACCUUUUUAUCCUCUGGUGCGCCAUCCAGCACACUGUAGGAUCUCUCUACAUCCAAGGCGACGAGACUCUAGGCAUGGCCCCCGAAACCGAAGACAAAUCCUACCCUCUUUACGGCAAAGUGUCGGUCCCUCGUAUGGUAGUCGCCCAAUUCGACACCCUCAAUUACAAUGAGAUCCUCGAGCGCUACAAGGAGAAGCUUCUACGCGACAUCGAUUGGCUCUUCAGCCAGGAUAAGAAUCGAUGGUGGUUCACAAUCUACCUUGUCGUCUUCAUACUCCUGCGCGAAGCUAGUCGCAUGACAGCAGAUCGGUAUCGCCAUGCGAGAGCCAACUAUGGGUCAAGGUGGCCGACUGCUCGGUCGUCGGGCCUCAACAAUAGCGUAGCAAGAAAUGGCCACUUUGAGACUCUGGCACCCAAAGACCGGCGCCUUGUGAAACAGAAUCUCAAGGACCCAGCGGUAAAGAAACACCUUCUGGUAUGGGAGCAAUACAAGAAGGAGAAUGGGAAAGUUCCCAAGAUUACUCUCCAACACGACACCGGAUCCAUUCGCUACGUAGGAGCACAGGACAAGUACGAUUGGGAUCAUCCUUUGUAUUGGGUAUCGCAAAUGUUUGAGAAUAAAUGGUCCCCGCAUCCGACAUAUAUGGGGGAACAAGAACCCAAGUCAAAGCUCAUGACUGUCAUGAUGGCUGUCGCUGCGGCCGGCUGA